AUGAACUCAAAUAUGAAUGGUCAAGAUCAACAAGACUCACUAGUUUACACAGACAAUUUUGAGUUGCGUGAUUUCGUUGACGAUCCAAACUUUGAUCAAUUUAUUGAUUUAAUCAGAGGUGAGAAUGAAAAUGCAAUAUGUAACUUUGGUUCUGACCUUAUCAAUGACUGUUUCAUUGAUAAUCAUCAACCUCUUUCAAUUCCUCUAAUGCCAUUACUUGAUCAUAACAACAACAAUAUUAAUAAUAUUGUGAAUGUCUAUGAUCCAAGCUCUUCAACAAUUGGUUCCUUUGCUUGUUAUGAUGAGGAGGUUAAUGGAGAAGGAGACAAUAUUGGUGAUGAUUCUCCGGCAACAACAACCACGACCUCGAUCGAUGAUACCAAAUCUAGGGCUAAAACUGAUCGGUCCAAGACUCUCGUUUCGGAGAGGAGGAGGAGAGGUCGAAUGAAGGAUAAACUUUAUGCAUUGCGUUCUUUAGUUCCCAACAUUACAAAGAUGGAUAAGGCCUCUAUAAUUGGAGAUGCAGUAUCAUAUGUGCAUGAUCUUCAAGCACAAUCUAGGAAGUUGAAGGGUGAGGUUUCAGGACUUGAAGCAUCUUUAUCUGUAUCUGAAAAUUAUCAAGGAUCAAUUAACAACACCAUUAAUGUUAUUCAAAGCCAUCCAAUAAUUUGCAAGAAAAUUAUCCAGGUGGAGAUGUUUCAAGUGGAGGAAAGAGGUUACUAUGCAAAAAUAGUAUGCAAUAAAGGAGAAGGUGUUGCUGCUUCAUUGUACAAGGCUCUUGAGUCUCUUGCAAAUUUCAAUGUUCAAAAUUCAAACUUAGAUACCAUUUCUGACACUUUUCUACUUACAUUUACAAUGAAUGCAAAAGGUUCUGAACAAGAAAUGAAUCUUCAGAAUUUGAAGCUAUGGGUGGCAGGAGCUCUUUUGAACCAAGGCUUUGAAUUCAUGCCAUCCUUUUGA